CCCUUUUCUCAGCCUAUAGCAGCAGCCACGUCUCAAACCUAGAAGUUGGGGCUCUCGACACGCACCGCGCCACUGCGUGCAGUCCCCUCUCGGACCCUGCGCGCUUCAUGCACGGCGUCUUGGUCAACUUCUUCGCCCGGUCGACCAAACGCGUGCGGGUCCUUGUACCGCCUCUCUCCUUGUCAGCUGCCCCGGUCCCUCGCCAUCCCCGCUUCCUGUCUCCCAACACCGGCUUCUGCCGCGCGGUCGAGUGCGAGGGACAGGGAGAUGCGAGUCUUUCCGGGAACGGGUAUCACCUGCCACGUCGACCUCACUCCCGGAGUCCCCUUUGGGCAUGAUCUGGCCUGCCUCGACGAGCAGGAGAUGUGGCAGACGGUUCCUCUUGGACUUUUGAAGGGAGGGGCCGGCUGCCAAACUCUCUUCUCCAUCUUCUCUGCCCGCUUUGUUUCUGCUUCGACCAAUUCUUAUCUGCAAUUCGCG